ACAAACAGGAAGUUGCCGUCGGUCAAUGUAGUUAUUUAAAUACAACACACAUUGAGCUUGACGCCCAUAUAAAUGUAGCUGCCCAAGCUAACUUUUGACAGCACAGCAGACCUUUACGCUCAGUAGUCCCGGCACGGCAUCCUAGCGUUUAGCUUAUAAAGUGGAUUCGUACACUGAUAUAACCUAUCGAAUUUGGCAAUAUUGUCGUCUCGUCCUUUUUUAGCCAUAGUAUUGCUGUGAACACAGCCACAAGUGCGCGUUGGCGGCUGGUUUGUGAUAGCAUGCUAACGGAAGUCAGCUAGCCCUGUGGCUAACAGGAAGUGGCAGUUACCACUCUGAUCGGCGACAGGCAAGGAUCUAAUAGUUUUGAAGUGAUGGACGGUGAGCCAGAAGCAGCCUCAGAGCGAAUUCUCCUGGAGCCAUACAAAUACUUGUUGCAACUGCCAGGGAAACAAGUUAGGACAAAACUUGCUCAAGCGUUCAACCACUGGCUCAAUGUUCCAGAGGACAAACUACAGGUGAUCAUUGAAGUGACAGAGAUGUUGCACAACGCCAGCUUGCUGAUAGAUGACAUUGAGGACAACUCCAAUCUGCGGCGAGGUUUCCCUGUGGCCCACAGCAUCUAUGGUGUUCCCUCAGUCAUUAACUCAGCCAACUACGUGUACUUCCUGGGUCUGGAGAAGGUGUUGACACUGGACAACCCCGAAGCAGUGCAUGUGUUCACUCGGCAACUGCUGGAGCUACAUCGUGGCCAGGGUCUGGACAUACACUGGAGGGACACCUACACGUGUCCAACAGAAAAAGAGUACCGCCACAUGGUGCUGAAGAAGACCGGAGGUCUCUUCGGCCUGGCUGUGGGACUGAUGCAGCUCUUUUCUGAUUGGAAGCAGGACCUGAAGCCCCUCCUGGACACACUGGGACUCUUCUUUCAGAUCCGGGAUGACUACGCUAACCUGAGCUCGCGCGAAUACAGUGACAACAAGAGCUUUUGCGAGGACUUGACAGAAGGCAAGUUCUCUUUCCCUACUAUCCACGCUAUCUGGUCGUGUCCAGAGAGCACCCAAGUGCAGAACAUACUAAGACAGCGCACUGAGAACUUGGACAUCAAGCGCUACUGCGUUGAUUACUUGGAAAAGGUGGGUUCGUUCGCGUACACCCGGAAGACGUUGCGAGAAUUGGAAGCUGAGUCUUACCGUUUAAUCAGGGAGUUUGGUGGAAACCCUCAACUCGAAAGCCUGGUCAAACUUCUCAGCCGUAUGCAUCAAGAUGCUGAAACAGAGUCAAAUACCGAGGAGCACUCCAGCCAUGACCACUGACCUCUUAUAUCCUGAAAAGAAGAACAUGACACUCCUGAUGGAAGCAAAUCCAGCCGAUGUCCUGCCUUUGUACUUGAUGUACUAGAAGUGUGUUGAAAUGACAAUGUCAUUGUUCACAAUACUUGAAUCUCAUUGGAAGCAAAAGCAGUCAGUGUUCUGGAAACAGGACUAUUAUGACGAUUCACUCAUAACGCAAAUUGGAGCAUUUGAUUCCAAAUGUGAAAUAUUCCCUGCUUAGUCAGGUUUUGUGUAAUGCAGACAUUUUAUUUCCUGCCACGUACACUAUCAUCAUUGCAUGAAUGAGGCGACAUUUUAAAAGCCUUUCGAGUACCUUGUAGGUAGAAAGGUGCUGUAUAAGUGAAACACCAUUUGCUUUUUAACAGAGUGUUGCGUUAGUCUUUUUUUUUAGGGGAAAGUGGCUCUAAUUCAUAAAGCCACCGCAUCUCCAAGUGAACCUCAGUUCUCCAUUGGUUAUGCUACAUCUUGUUUCAUUGUUUUACGCAUAUUGAUUUUCCUUGCACUCAGACUGAUUCAUCACAUGUAUAUCAGGGGUCAAGCUGUUUUGUUUGUCAAUAUUUUUCACUUAACAUUGUGCAUCAAUUCAAUAAAGAUUCAAGAAUGCCGCAA